CUCCGGAACUGCCUUCGGUUUCUGAAACUUUCAUAUCUAUUAUCUUGUGCGUGUAUGCUAAUGACAAAAGACACAGGCUAACAUAUCCUCACGUCCUGACGCCCCCAAACAAAAACACCACCACCCAUGUUUCAUCCACCUUGAGGGUUUUGUCUCUUCAACUUAGCUACACAUGGUUUCUUGAAUGUUGCUUCGGAGGCAACUUUCAUAGGUGGCAUUGUGGGUGAUGUCCUCGUCAUCUCAGAAGGUUCCAAUUUGGUUCCAGGAUUACUAAGGGGUUUCUAAAUCCUAGCACAACAUUGUACAUUAUUGUGUGAAGAGGAUUAAAAUGUCCACUCCCAAGGUGAAGGGCAUCUUCAAAGGUUUCAGAUACAUUACUCAGAUGUUUGAUAACGAAAAAGAACCAGAAAUGCAAAUUGGUCUUCCCACAGAUGUAAAGCACGUGGCUCAUAUAGGAUGGGACGGUCCCUCUGUAAACACUCCUAGUUGGAUGAACGAGUUUAAAUCUCCAUCCUCAUAUUCAUCGGCACCUAUAAGUCUCAGCGGGAGCAUCAAGAUCACAGAACCUGAUAAUGCAAUCAAGUGGAUUUCAGAAGAUUCAAGGUCAACGAGCUCUUUGGGGAGGGACGUGCCCGAGCUGCCCAAGUCAUCUAGACGGCAGUCAACGGGCAGUGUCACCGAUUCUCCUACAAGGGAAAAGUCAGACAAACCAAGGCAGUCAAGGAAAUCAUCCAAACCCGCCCGGGUACCCGCAUCCCUAGAUCAGAACCAAGGAAGUGAGUCUCCCAGAGGGAACCUACCGGACAUCCCCAAGAAGUCUCGCCGCAAGAAGUCGAAGGAAAAUUCUGGUGCUGGUGCUGGUGGCGGCCCUUCCAAAUGCAGAUUGAAAGCCUCACAUUUGGAUCCGAACUCUGGUUUCGGGUCUCCAGUGGGACCCGACCCCAAGUCUAACAAGGAACAGAGGCCCGUUGAAGGAGGUGGACAGAGUGGAAAUGGAUCGAGUGAGAAGUUAUUGAGAAAUCUGGUGUAACUUCAUAUUUAUUAGUUAGCAUGUUGCUUAGCUGAGACUUACUAGAACUUCGUUAUUCUUCAAUGCAUCAUUCUUUUUGUUCCUUCCA